UGUGUUGUUUGUGCUCUGGCCCGUAGAGAUGUGUACAGGCUGAGAAGCGAGCGGAUUGCUAACCGAGCUAGCCGGAUCCUCCCGAUUAUAGAAACACGGCUGAGCGUGGUCAUGUUGCACACGGUAGGCUUCAUUUCGUGACAAAAAAAAAAAUUCGCACCGGAAUACCUGCCUCGCCGCUGAAAAGGGGCAAAGAGGCUUGGUUUGGUUUUUCUUCGGCGGAAUAACAAAGCCGGUCCGUGAGGAUUGCAAAUCCGAGCCGUGCGAGUCAACGUUAGCUGGCCUAGCCGGACUCGGGAGCUCGUCUCCCAAAACAAGAAUGGGGUCUAGGUCCACUCGGAUUAGCUUGCUAGUAAAGUGACCUUUGAUUGUACUCCCUGAUGGCAAAUUUCACGAAUUACCAGGAAGGCAAGGCAGCGAUGUUGAUGGUGGAGACGCAGCAGAGGGACUUGGGGACGAAAUCUGCGGCCGCCACAGCAAACGGAGACGGCUCAGUCGGGGAACCCCCUUCCCCGUUAAUUAAUAUCGGCGGCGGCGGCGGAGGAGGAGGAGGAGGCGGCUCUCGUUUCCAUCAACAUUUACCGCCCUCCAACCACCUCCACCACCACCACCACCUCGGCCACCUUCACCCGCCAAAGGAUCAACAGCAGCACCAUCACUACCAGCUGGCUCCGCAGCAGCAGCAGCAGCAGCAGCAGUCGCAGCAGCAGCAGCACCAGCAGCAGCAUCUUUCCGGGGAAAACAUCGCAGAGUCCCCGGGCAGGAAAGCCUCCUCCUCGUCUCUCAGCCAGGUACACACCGUCGAGGACCCCGCCGCUUCCUCCGCUGCUAGCAGCAGCAGCAGCAGCAGCAGCCAUGUAUACGCGGCUGUGAACGUCGCUAAUGCCUCGGACGUUGUGGAUGAUAUUCGCAAGUGUGGCUAUUUAAGAAAGCAGAAACACGGACACAAGAGGUUUUUCGUGCUGCGGGCUGCCAGCCACCUCGGGCCGAGCCGCCUGGAGUACUACGACAGCGAGAAGAAAUUCAGGAACAGCCUGCGCUCCGCUGCCGCGGCCGUCGCCAGCGGCGGAGCGGUCGCCCCUUCUCCCCCCAAAAGGGUUAUUUACCUCUACCAGUGCUUCACGGUAAACAAAAGGGCGGACUCCAAAAACAAACACCUCAUUGCUCUUUACACUAAGGACGAGUACUUUGCCAUUGUGGCUGAAAACGAGCAGGAGCAAGAGGACUGGUACGUGGCUGUCAGCGAGUUGAUGAGUGAGGGCAAAAAAGGGCACUUGGAUUCUGAUGAUUUGGAUGAUGGAUACGGUACAGUCACCCCUGGUACUGUGUUUAAAGAGGUGUGGCAGGUGAAUGUGAAACCUAAAGGACUGGGUCAAACUAAAAACCUCACUGGUGUAUACCGGCUAUGCCUCUCAACUAAAACCAUUCACCUCGUUAAGUUGAACUCUGAAACCCCCUGUGUUAACCUUCAGCUGAUGAACAUCAGGCGAUGUGGACAUUCAGAAAGCUUCUUUUUCAUUGAGGUGGGUCGCUCCUCCUCUAUUGGGCCCGGGGAGAUAUGGAUGCAGGUGGAUGAUUCUGUUGUGGCCCAAAACAUGCAUGAGACCAUCCUGGAGACAAUGAAAGCCCUGAAAGCUUUUGCCGAGUUUCGGCCCAGGAGUAAGAGCCAGUCGUCGGGCUCCAACCCCAUGCCAUUUAUCACGACACGGCGCCACCUGGGUAACCUGCCACCGAGUCAGACUGGGCUGCAGCGGCGGUCGAGAACAGAGUCGGUCGUCGGCACCCCACCGUCGAGUAAGAGUUCCGGGGCUAGUGGUUAUCGCUUCCGUACAUCCAGUGAGGGUGAGGGAACAAUGAACCGGCCGUUCCGCUCUGCCACAGGGAGUCUGGUUCACCUCAACUCAGCACGUGCCCAUCAUGGUCGUCAGGAGGGUGGCGGCGGCAGCAGUGGUGGCGGUGUUGCCACAGGAAACGCUGGCACGAGCACCGGUGGCGGGCGCUACGUCAGAGCCAUCCCGGGGUCAUCGUCCACCUACCACGCCCGCUCCGCCUCUCUCCCGGUUUCCCACUUCCCCUCCACCACCAGUCCCGUGAGCGUCUCCUCUAGCAGCGGCCACGGAUCCGUCUCUGACACACUCACCCGCCCCUCAAGUGCCUCAAUAUGCGGCUCCCCGUCUGAUGGCGGCUUCAACUCAUCAGAUGAGUAUGGCUCCAGCCCCGGUGAUUUCCGGUACUUCAGGGUGCGGAGUAACACACCAGACUCCUUAGGCAACACCCCACCAAUCAGAGAGGAGAACUGUCUAAACGACUACAUGGCCAUGGGCUGGAACCGGGAGGUCUUUGGCACCAGCGGUGGGUCCGGAAACAACAGUGGAGGUGACACGCCACGGGAUGAGAGCACAUCAACAACAGAGGAUGAGCGCUUUUCUUCGUCAUCAUCGCUAAGGAGGAGGACACAUUCUUUCUCCAGACCUGCUGGGGGUGCAACUGGUGGUUCUGGAGUGGCAGUUUACCAGAAAAUGACCCAGACCAACUUUUCAUUGGACGAGGGGUCCGAUGUGGUGUUACCAUUUGGCAGUGGGCUGCUCCGUGGCGGGCCGUCCUCCUCCUCUUCCUCGCUUCGCUCUGACUACAGCUCCUGCUCCGAGCACAGCCAGCAGAGCCGUCCCUCCACGCUCUCCCGGACAGAGGCCGGUGGUGAGCGCCCCUCCCUCAUCUCCUCCUCCUCUGCCAAGGAGGACAGUGGCUACAUGCCCAUGAUGUGCGGGGUGGCUGCAUCACCGCGGGACACUCCCCCCGACUACAUGCCUAUGCAACCCAGCUCUUACUCCCAUCACAUCUCCCAUUCCCCUCAGUUUCACAGUCCGGCUUUAGGUGCCCGUUCAGCCCACCCCCAGCUCCAGUCUCAAUCCUCUACAGACUCCCACGGUUACAUGAUGAUGCUCCCAGGGGGCAGCGGCAGCUCCCCCUCCCCGGUGCAAGCCUCUCCCAGCCCACACAGUAGCUCCAGUUUGGCAGGUGCCAGUGGGAGUGACAGUAUAGCAGAGAGACCCGAGAACGGGGAAUAUAUGGACAUGUCGUACAGCAGCAGUGGGGGGCGCAAGCUCUCAAACGAAGGGAGUAGUGGGUAUUAUACACCUGGCACACCUGAGAGCACCCCAAAGUCUUACAGCCCUUAUUUCUCCCUCCCUCGCUCCUACAAGGCCCCUACCAGAGAGAGGGAUGAGAAAGAGUAUGGGGAGUAUGUUCCUAUGAGUUCUCCUGCCAAGCCAGUCUAUUCAUCAGUUGCUGCAGCUUCAGCGUCAACCCCAGAGAAGAGGGGUGGGGGAGGAAGUAGCACCUCCACCCCCUCUCAUCCACCCCCGCCUUAUGGAGCUCAUCAUACGACUGCAGCAAUGGCCGAUAGACGCAUCGUGAGGCCUAACCGCCUCCCUUUAGGUAGAAGGAGUUUCCACGGUCCGCUGCGGGUUAGUGAGCCCUCCACAGCGUCUGCAGGCACCUCAACCUCAGUACCCGCCACUGGUAGCUCGUCUGAAGGGCCUUCCAGUCCCGGGGAGUAUAUUAACAUUGAGUUUGGUGAUCACUACCCCCACCAACAACAGCCCCCCGCCUACCCUCUCUCUGCCCAAGAUGAAGCGCCUUCCCUCGGAUCCAGUGACCAAUGUCACUCCCCUCCACAGCCCCAAACUCACCAGGACUAUAUGAGUGUGGAGGUAGAGGCGGACCAGCAGGACAACGCUGGAUGUCUGGGUAAGAACCAGUCCCCCAGACCCAGCCUUGUUGCCCCAUGGAACCCGCCCAGCUACAUCAGACCCCUGGCUAGCAAUCCUGGGGCGCUGGCCUCCCCUGGAGUCCCUAGCGGAGGUCACUGGAGGUCGAUGGGGGAUGACUAUACGGACAUGACAUUUAACCUCAGCAGAGGUGAGAGGACGCAAACAAGCCCCACAGCCAUGCUACAGCAUCUCUGUGUAAUAGAGGGACGUUACGGCCACGCUUCCUCUGCCUCCCCCUCAUCCAUUUCCCCUCCUCUCCCUCCGUCGAGUCCAGGUAGGGCGCCAACGCAGCAGGUGGAGCCCAAAGUGGUUCGAGCUGACCCCCAAGGCAGGAGGAGACACAGCUCGGAGACAUUCUCCUCCACUUCCUCCACUAAUUCAACUCCCUCCGGAGGAACACUUGGCCCCUCAUCCUCAGCCACCCACAACACACUGGCAAACCCCACAGCACCCAACGGAUCUUACCUAACAGAGGGUCAGGCUUCCAGGUGGGCCAGCUCAGCAUCUUUCGACAGUGUGUGGAUGUCUGUGGAGGGUCUAGGGGACUCACCGGCUCACCACGCUCCGACCAGAGCCGCGGAAGUGGGCAUUGCUUCUGGGGCCUCAGCAUCCUCCUCCUCCUCGGGGGCUGGAGUCGGUAGAAUGUGUAGGAACAUGUCUGUGGGCUACCAGAACGGCCUGAACUACAUUGCCUUGGAGCUGAGGGAGGACGGGAGUAAUAUGGGAGCCAUGACGUCGGGAGCCGGUAACAGCAACGGGAGCUCGGUGGCGGCGGUGGUGGGAACGGUGCCUCUGCCGGAGAAUGGGGCCUACGCCAGUAUAGACUUCACCAAAUCUGAUGGAGUCACCACGACAACCAAGGACUGAGUGGGGACGACAGAGGCUCCCCACCCUUCUCCUCCCACUCCUCCUCAUCUCUCUGCUCGGGGCACUCGACUCUGCCUGUUGAACUUUGGCCUGCCGCGCCGGUGACCUCUGACCUUCACCCAGACUGAGAAGCCGCUCCCUUCUGGACGCAGAAGACAACUACAUCAUCACAACAGAUGACAAAAACGCUUGCAGUUUUUUAAUUUUUAAGUGUAUUUCAUCUUUUAUUUUUCUUGUGUUUUAUAUACAUAUCUUGUCCUGUUUUUUUUUGUUUGUUUGGUUGUUUGUUUUUUUAAUCACCCCCCCCCCCACACACACACAAUCGAUGCUGCCAGUGUGCACUGCUCCCCCUCCCCCUCGUGUUCAACAGACUUAUUCAACCGACGGUGGUCAGUGAACUUUGACUAAGGGGGCGUAAACAGAACCGUAGAUAGUGUUAUUAUCAGAUGGUUCUGCUUCUCCAUACGAUAUUAAAAAAGGGAGGCUGGAAUAUUAAGCAAAGGCAUUAUGGUACAGACUUGGAAACUUUUAUGUUGCAUUGAAUUUAAGUAUUAAUUUUUAUCUAUUAUUAUUAUUAUUUUUUUUUUUUUUUUAAGCCCAUGCAUAAUCCAUCCUCAAUACGGUACCAUACAGUUCUUACAUUGUGGACAAAGUUGUGGUAG